ACAUCGGGCAUCAUGAAUGACCAAUACCAUCGUGCGGCCCGAGACGGCUACCUGGAGCUGCUCAAAGAGGCCACCCGGAAGGAACUGAACGCCCCCGACGAGGAUGGCAUGACCCCCACCCUCUGGGCUGCCUACCAUGGCAACCUGGAGUCUUUGCGCCUCAUUGUGAGCCGCGGGGGUGACCCGGACAAGUGUGACAUCUGGGGCAACACACCCCUGCACCUGGCAGCCUCUAAUGGCCACCUGCACUGCCUGUCCUUCCUGGUGUCCUUCGGGGCCAACAUCUGGUGCUUGGACAAUGACUACCACACGCCGCUGGACAUGGGCGCCAUGAAGGGCCACAUGGAGUGUGUGCGCUACCUGGACUCCAUCGCCGCCAAGCAGAGCGGCCUCAACCCCAAGCUGGUGGGCAAGCUGAAGGACAAGGCCUUCCGCGAGGCGGAGCGGCGCAUCCGGGACUGCGCCAAGAUGCAGCGCAAGCACCACGAGCGCAUGGAGCGGCGGUACCGGCGCGAGCUGGCCGAGCGCUCGGACACGCUCAGCUUCUCCAGCCUCACCUCCAGCACCCUGAGCCGCCGGCUGCAGGGCCUGGCACUGGGCAGCCACCUGCCCUACUCGCAGGCCACGCUGCAUGGCACCGCCCGCGGCAAGACCAAAAUCCAGCGCAAGCUGGAGCGGCGCAAACAGGGCGGGGAGGGCACCUUCAAGAUCUCCGAGGACGGCCGCAAGAGCGUGCGUUCCCUCUCAGGGCUGCAGCUGGGCAGCGACGUGAUGUUCGUGCGUCAGGGUACCUACGCCAACCCCAAGGAGUGGGGCCGCUCCCCGCUCCGGGACAUGUUCCCCUCCGACGGGGACAGCCUCUCCCGUGCCACGCUGCUGGCGGCUGAGCCAGCCCACUCGGAGGUCAGCACCGACUCGGGCCACGACUCCUUGUUCACGCGGCCUGGCCUGGGCACCAUGGUGUUCCGCCGGAACUACCUGAGCAGCGGGCUGCAGGGCCUGGGCCGCGAGGACGGUGGCCUGGACGGGGCAGGCACGCCGCGGGCUCGGCUGCAGAGCUCCCCCAGCCUGGACAAUGACAGCCUGGGCAGUGCCAACAGCCUACGGGAGCACAGCUGCCCCGAGGAGCUGCCCUGGGACGACAUGGACUUGGGCCUGGACGAGGACCUGGAGCCGGAGACCAGCGCGCUGGAGACCUUCCUGGCCUCCCUGCGCAUGGAGGACUUCACUGCCCUUCUGCGCCAGGAGAAGAUCGACCUGGAGGCGUUGAUGCUCUGCUCCGAACCGGACCUACGCAGCAUCAGCAUCCCGCUGGGCCCACGCAAGAAGAUCCUGGGGGCCCUGCGUAGGCGGAGACAGGCGCUGGAGCGCCCACCUGCUCUGGAUGACACGGAGCUGUGA